AUGAAGCGAACGAUUACUCAUCUCGUUCUACUGUCUACAAUAAUAUGUUAUGCGAAUGGAUUGGUUGGGUUUACUCAAAGUGCCGGUGCUCGUGGAGUAUUACUAUGUCACGGUCAGCCAUUGUCCGGAGUAAAAGUCAAGCUAUACGACCAUGAUCGGACGGACAUGGACGACCUGAUGGACUCGGGAUAUACGAACGAUCGAGGCGAAUUCACUCUGAUGGGAAGUGAAGAUGAGUUCACAACAAUUGACCCCAAAAUCAAUAUCUACCACGACUGCGAUGAUGGAUGGUGGGUAAGUGGUCACGUUUCAAAAGGUUGUUUUAUUGUUCAAUUAGGUAUUAGAAGAUAAAAAAAAACGUUUUGUGAAAUGACUAAAACAGAAUUUAAGAAAAAACAUUAAAUUCAAAGUUAUGAUGAAAAAAAGUUUCAUAAUUGAAUUACUAUGAAACCAUAGUAUGAUACUAUGCCAUCACAAAAAUUAAAACUUCAAAAUAUAACAUUACCUUACAUUUUGCAGCCAUGCCAACGUAAAAUUGCAAUCACCAUCCCAGAUUCGUACAUUACGAAAGGCCCUCGGCCCAAUCGAGUUUAUGAUGCUGGGCGACUCGAACUCUCAGGGAAAUACAAGGGAGAGUCCAGAGAUUGUAUACAUAGGAAGUAA